GAAGACUAUUUUGGGAAUAGUAUCAGCGGACAUGUUCUAGAUGUAGUUAACAGCAUGAAAGCUGGUAUUCAUAACACAAAGACACAACUUCGCUCAGUGGCAUGACAGUUCAGACAUGUUGAAAGGGAAGGAGACACUUGCAAAGCGAGUCUUGAAAAUUACGUUGCCAGCAGACCAAAGACAUCCAUAGUUUACAACUGCAGCUGAAUGAGACGGCUGCUGUUCUUCGUGAUGCAAAGAUAAUGCUGCUCUAAAGGAAGGGGGCGGUCGGGUAGCCUAGUGGCUAAAGCUUUUUGCUCGUCACGCCAAAGACCCCAGUUUGAUUCCCGACAUGGAUACAAUGUGUGAAGGCCAUUUCUGGUAUCCCCCGCUGUGAUAUUGCUGGAAUAUUGCUAAAAGCGGCAUAAAACCAUACUCACUCACUCUUAGGGAGGAUUUGAUGACACCGAAUACAAGCUGUGUGAUGAGAGUAGAGACAGAAGUAGGAAAUGCAGCUAAGUUAGGUACUGACAUUCUGAGUUUGAACAUUUUACUAAAUAAGACGAUUGAGGAUUUACAUGCUUCAAAGUAAAAGAAUCACUGGUCUUACAGAGGACAUGAUGACACUGAAUACCAGCUGUGUAGUGAGAGAAGAUAUAAAAGAGAGCGACGUUAUUGAAACGUCGCUGGCUACAUCUUCAUUCUCGCAGGUGUCAUUGACAAUCGCCUUCUCCGUUUCCUGGUGCUGCAGCCUCGUGUGCUGCGAAACGACGCGAGAUGGCUCAACGUCUCCCAGUGACUACACAGAAGCCUCGAGCGACCCGAGUCGAGGAGAAAGGGCCGAACAGAUGACGACAGUGACGACCCAUGCCUGGAGCGACCCGAGUCGGACCACGAGGACACCAGUGACGACCACAAAAAAGCCUGCUACACAGGCGACUCCAUCACCAGCAGACUGCAGGGACCUCUACUCGGCCAGCUAUGACGGGAACCUGGAGGAGGUGAAGCGGCUCCUGUCUCAGGGCGUGGACGUCAACUGUAGGUGGAGGAGCGGGACACCGGUGAUGUGGGCAGCAUACAGGGGACACAGAGACGUGGUGGAGCUCCUGGUGAGUGAAGGGGCCGAUGUGUCACUGGUGGACAGGAACGGUCACAACACCCUUCACUACGCCUGUGUGGGAGGACACUUGGAGACGGUGAAGUUUGUGCUGUCUCUGCACGUGGUGGACAUCGACGCCAGGAACAACUACGGGGAGACGGCGGCCGACCUGGCGAGACGCAGGGGACAUACGCGAGUGUUGGAUCUCCUCGUGUCCCGCGGCGCUCAGUGACGUCAGUGUCGUGUUUGUGUAGACGGUGGGGGAGACCUGACAGUGACGUGGUGUCCCGUUCACGUCGUCGUGUGUACAUAUGUCUUUAUUUACGUGAAACUGUUUGUUGUUUUUGGAGAUGAAUAAAACUUGUAAAAACUU